ACUUGCUUCAUUGGACACAAGUCAUGCCCCACCGACGCAAGGUCAUUUGCUGCUUCAAGGACUGUGCGAACCCGGCCUUGGCGCGGUCCACGAAAUGCCUCCUCCACCGGUACCGCGAGCGCUGCGAGGUCGAGGGCUGUCCCAACCAAGUGUACGCCCGCCAGCGCUGCGUGCGCCACGGUGGCAAGCGCCGCUGCCAACGCGCAGGCUGCUGCCGCAACGUCCGGACCGGCACCUUUUGCUCCAAGCACAACCCCGAGGUUGACAAGCAGUGCUCGGAGGAGGGCUGCACGCGCCAGGCCCACGCGCGCCAAAAAUGCGUGCGCCACGGCGGCGGCCGGCUCUGCAGCGUCGCGACCUGCUCGGCGUAUGCGCGGCGCGAGGGCAUGUGCAUUCGGCACCACCGCCUCGCGACGGCCGAGUCGUCGCUCGACGACUCCAACACCAUGUCGGAAGAGGACUUUGCCGCGCUGCUCGAAAUCUGCGAGCACGACGACGAGGUGGUUGCAGCGCCGGUCCCGCCCCACGAGGAGCUCGCGUUCAUCGAGUCGCUCGUCAACAGCGCCGUGUUCGACCACGUCGUCGAGUACGCGGUCGGUCGGUCGGGUGUAUGACCCCCGCAGCGUCUCUCCAUCAAGACGCUCCCGGUCUCUACCAAAGGUCUAUUUGCUCGAAUCGAACCCACAUAUCUAUGUUUCCCGC